AUGCGAGUUCUUGGUAUUAAAUCUGGCGAGGGAGCAUCGAAAUUGAAGGCAUUUUCUGAGUGGAUUGCAUCUAUUGGAGAUGGAGUUAUUGGUGGUCCAAAUGAUGGUGAAGUCAGUGUCGAUCUUCCUACUGAUAUUGUAUUGCCCGAUAGUGGAGAUCCUCUACAGAACAUUGUUACAUCUAUUUAUCCUGCAUAUAUGAACAAUCAAGAUUUGAGCUGCCAUUUGCAUGAUCGAGCUAUACUUGCUCCAACGUUAGAUGUGGUUGACUUGGUUAAUCAAUAUAUGAUUUCUUUGGAUCAAUCGGACGGCCGUGUUUAUUUUAGCUCGGAUAGCAUAUCUAAGUCUGAUCAAAGUUCUAAUGGUUUCGCGAAGAUACAUUCGGUAGAAUUUUUGAAUAAUCUUAAGUGCUCUGCUACACCAAAUCAUGAGUUGUUGUUGAAGGUUGGUACUCCUGUUAUGCUAUUAAGAAACAUAGAUCAUGCUAACGGAUUGUGUAAUGGGACACGACUGAUCAUUACGCGUUUAGGUGAUCAUGUUUUAGAAGCUAAAGUCUUGAGUGCUAAUAAUCAAGGCCAUAAAGUGUUGAUUCCUCGGAUGUCAUUAACACCUUCUGAUCCUAGGUUGCCUUUCAAGUUUCAACGUCGACAAUUUCCUUUGUCGGUGUCGUAUGCUAUGACAAUUAACAAGAGCCAAGGUCAACCUCUUGCGCAUGUGGGAUUAUUUUUAAAAAGACUUGUCUUUAGCCACGGCCAAUUGUAUGUUGCUGUGUCUAGAGUCACGAGUCGUGGGGGAUUGAAAACUUUGGAAGAUGGAAUACAAGGUCAGGAGAAAUGA